AUGUAUGCCAGAGAGGAAGCUUUAGUGAGCAUGCGAAGAGAAAAUGGUCUUGAGAGUCAAUUUCCGUUCCAGACAGCGAACAAGUGGGGGAUGGAAAUGAGGUUGGAAUACGGUGAUGUAGCACUGAUCGAUAUGAGAUCUUGUUGUGAAGCAGCCGGAACCAAAUGUUAUGAUACAUACGGAAGAACGAAUAACCACAAUUGGCACCAUGUUAUGGCUCUUAUGUUUUGUGGUACACCCUCGAGAGAAGAGGUGGUCACUUCACAGGAGGAACGGAAUUGGCGUGUAGACAAGCAUUUCCAACGAAAGUUGGGGAUAGGGCUGGCAGGAGUGUGGAAGGAUCAACCUCGGUUCCCGUGUGAGCCAUCCAGUCGGGGAAUUGCUCAAUCAAAAUACUUUGAGGCAGGCAAGCGCGAAUGA